UCGGCUCCCCCAGGAUUCGCUUUCACCUUUUAGGGAGAGUUUUGAACGGAGUGAGUGUGAGGGGCUCUGUCCUCGCUGCAGUCCCCUCCGCCCGCACGCCGUGGGGGUCGCGCCAUUUGUUUCUUUAAUUCCUGGCAGAAGGCGAGCGGGCAGCAGUUGCGGGGCAGGUGGAAUGAUUGUGGACUGAGACGCACUCGGGCAGAGACUAUGUAAUCGCCUUGGUGUCUGUGCAGAGGACUGCGCUUCGGGGAGGGAAGAGGAGGGAUCGGCUCGCUCCUCGGCGACUCGGCAGGCGGAGUUUCGCAGCGGCACCAGGGUUGCGCCCGCCCGCGGGGAGGUCGCUCCAUCCAGCCCCGGCGGCCGCGAGAGCCCGAGCGCCGGAUCGCGGUAGUCGCAGGGGUGAGGGAGAGCGAGACCGAGCUCCGGGGCGCGAGGGAGCGGGCGGAGGAGUCCGAGAGGAGGCGAGCGGCGGCCGCGAGCGAGCCGAGCGAGCCCCCCGCCCGCCCCAGCGGCGCCGCGCCGGGCGGUGUCCGGGCGGCAUGGAGAAGGACGGCCUGAGCCGCGCCGACCAGCAGUACGAGUGCGUGGCGGAGAUCGGGGAGGGCGCCUAUGGGAAGGUGUUCAAGGCCCGGGACCUGAAGAACGGAGGCCGUUUCGUGGCGCUGAAGCGCGUGCGGGUGCAGACGGGCGAGGAGGGCAUGCCGCUCUCCACCAUCCGCGAGGUGGCGGUGCUGAGGCACCUGGAGACCUUCGAGCACCCCAACGUGGUCAGGUUGUUUGAUGUGUGCACAGUGUCACGAACAGACAGAGAAACCAAACUAACAUUAGUGUUUGAACAUGUUGAUCAAGACUUGACCACUUAUUUGGAUAAAGUUCCAGAGCCUGGAGUGCCCACUGAAACCAUAAAGGAUAUGAUGUUUCAGCUUCUCCGAGGUCUGGACUUUCUUCAUUCUCACCGUGUAGUGCAUCGUGAUCUAAAACCACAGAACAUUCUGGUGACCAGCAAUGGACAAAUAAAACUGGCUGACUUCGGCCUUGCCCGCAUCUACAGUUUUCAGAUGGCUCUUACCUCAGUGGUCGUCACGCUGUGGUACAGAGCUCCAGAAGUCUUGCUUCAGUCCAGCUACGCCACCCCUGUGGACCUCUGGAGUGUUGGCUGCAUAUUUGCAGAAAUGUUUCGUAGAAAGCCUCUUUUUCGUGGCAGUUCAGAUGUCGACCAACUAGGAAAAAUCUUGGAUGUAAUUGGACUCCCAGGAGAAGAGGACUGGCCUAGAGAUGUUGCCCUUCCCAGGCAGGCUUUUCACUCAAAAUCUCCUCAACCCAUUGAGAAGUUUGUAACAGAUAUUGAUGAACUAGGCAAAGACCUACUUCUGAAGUGCUUGACAUUUAAUCCAGCCAAAAGAAUAUCUGCCUACAGUGCCCUGUCUCACCCAUACUUCCACGACCUGGAGAGGUGCAAGGAGAACCUGGAUUCCCAUCUGCCGCCCAGCCAGAACACCUCGGAGAUGAAUACAGCCUGAGGUCCCAGCCGCUCCCUUGAGCCGAUCAUCCGAAGACACCUUUGGUGGCUGGUGGGUCCCCCUGAGUAAGCCCGGCAGAGCUACUGAGGAUCACUGGCUGGAGACCUUCUAGUUGCCGUCUUCUGGAUGGGCUCUGCUUCUCCACGGAAACCGUCUAGUUUACUGUUUUGAAAUCAAUGCAAGAGCGAUUGCAGCUUUAUGUUCAUUCAUUUGUUUGUUUGUGUGUUUGUUUGUGUCAAGAACCUGGAAAAAUUCCAGAAGAAGAGAAGCUGCUGACCAAUUGUGCUGCCAUUUCAUUUUUCUAACCUUGAAUGCUGCCAGUGUGAAGUGAAAGCUGAGUUAUGAUGUAAUCUCUCUGCAGCUGCCGGAGCCUGAUUUGGUACUUUUGAGUGAGAGAGUGUGUGUGUGCGCGUGUGUGCGUGUGUGUGUGACUCUUGAUCUCUUAAAGUGUUACUUUCUGUAAACGACAAGAAUAAUUGAAUUUUAAAGACUCAAAGUUAUGGAUAAAUAACAGAUGUCUGUCGACUGAAGGUGUCUCACCAAAAUGAGCUUCUCAAAUUAGAAAGUUGAUCCUAUGUCCUCAGCAUUUCUUUUCUGGCCAAAAGCAGUAAAUUUACUAGCAGUAAAAGGUUCACUACUAGAUGAGGUUUUAUACACACAGCAAAAAGAAAAAAAAAUUCUAGUAUCUUUUAAGAGACCUGUUUUUAAAGCACACAUUCUACUUACUCUUCAAAAAGCUGAAUUUUCUCAUUAUAAGUCAGUUUUAACCUGUAUAAUAUGCUUUAUUGUUUUUUUUUGAAAAAUACCCUAAGCUUUUCUUACUUGCUGUAGAUUUAGAGAGUGUACCUCAAAUAGGCAAAAUUGUCAAAAAAAAAAAAAAAGAGACAGUCUUUAUUUCCUGGUUUGGAAUUUAUUUCCUUUUUGUUUUUUGUUAUUGUGUUUUGUUUUCCAUUUUAGGAAUUUGUCAGAAACUGUUUCCUGUUUUGGUUUGGAGAGUAGCUCUCUCUGACUAGAGACAGGAAUGCCAUUUAAGUUUCCCCACCUAUUACACUGUACUUUUUCUACCAUGCACUGCCUUGUUUGCAAAGUACCCAUCUUAUCUAUCCCCCAGCGCCUCUAGUAGACUUGACUACCAUUACAUAACUCAUAACAGAUUGCUUACACUGUUCCCAUGUACCUCCUCCUUCCUUUAUUUCUUUCAAUGAACCUUUCAUAAACAGUUAGAUUCAGAUUAUGGUUUAUGGCUCCAAUUCCACAAUCCUAACAGGGUCCCCUAUGUUCUCACUCGAAUGUGGUCUUCCUACCCCAGCAUUCACUGUUGUUACCUAGGCAAUGAGUAGAAGACUGGCUCUUCUCUAGCACCAGCACAUAGAUUGCUUUAAACUGUUACUUAGUGUUUUACCUUUUUAUAGAAUAUAUUGUCAGUGCAGUAUCUGAGGGAAUGUCCUUAACUAUUUUUUAGAAAUAGAUAUUUACUCUAUAAGUGAUCUUUUCUCCAUCCCCCAGGCUGUGCUGUGUUUCUAGUGCCUUGCGCACACUCUUGCUCUCUGCAGAGCCAGCCUGACCUGGGCCUUGUGAACAGCUUUACUUUUUCUUUUGCUUUGUUCUCUACAGUACUUUGUAGUCCAUACCAUCUCUGCCUUAUAUGUGGUUAGUGCUCAGUCGGCUCUAGCAACCAGAAGACACAGAGAUUAAGUAUCUUUUGGGAAGUUUAGCUGCCUUUGCUUUCUGACUCAUGUUUUGAGUGCAUGCAACAGUUAGACCAUGUUUAGAGUUAGGGUUUUCAAAGAACGGACAUUGCUUCACUAAGUAGAAAAUGUUCUAGAUGAUGUUUUAUGCAUUGUCAAGCCUUACUGAAUCCUUCACAGCUUAAUAUUGUAAAUGACUAUCUUGAACAAGAGAAAAAUUAGGAAGUUUUUCUCCUUGAGAGCUUUUUGGGUCGGGAACCAUUCUUGUUUAAUACAUAUAUUGUUUAACAUUGUUCUAAUUUAGUAACUUGAAGAGCAGGAAAAUUUUUCUAAAGCAAGCUAAUGAAUGAGAAGAUGGGGCAUGAGAAUGUUUUAUACUUUCUUCAUUGGGACAACAUUAUGUUUUGUCAUCACUGUAAAUGCUUGAGACAUAAUGAAUCCAGAGCAUUCAAGUUAAGGUGUACUUGCAGUCUCCCCUGGAGAAGUGAGUUCUGCUUUUCCUUUCAUGGGGGUCAAAAUACAAAGAUAUUUUUGCUGGGGCCUAGAAAUUGAAUUUCAAAACACACUGCACUUGAUUGAUCAUCUUUCAGUUAGAAUUCAUGGUUAGAGUGAACAUAACUUGAGUUUUUGCUUUUGCAAAAGUUUUUCAUAAGUUCACUCAAGAAAAAUGCAGCUGAUCUAAACUGGAAUUUUUUCAGCAUUCUUUAGAAUUUUAAACAAGUAGAGAGCUCAACAUUUAUUUCUCGCAUAUGCUUUUAGUUCAUUUCUCGGUAGUGUUUGUAAAGAAAACUUAAGGCACAAACAUUUUGGCAUUAGAUACUUGGCAAAUUAUUGUCUGAAAGGCAGAAUGAGAGGGUAUCUUGGCCUCUUUAAACUGUCACCAGCUCUUCCAUCGGUGUGGUUCUUGCACUUGAGUGAUUACUUUCUUGUUUUAUGUCUUUUGCAUCCGGGCUCACCAUUUCUGAAAUCCAGAUCCCACGCCGGCACCCUUGCUAUUAGGGCACUUUGAAGCAUAUAGCAGAAUAUGCAUAUAGGCACUUACUGAACAGCUUAUUCUUCUGUGACAUAUGGUUUCAAAUAUCUUUGCCAAAAGCUAAACAGUGGUUAGCUGAAAAGGUCACACUGCCCCAGGCUUAUACCCAAGCAGCUUAUAGCAGUAAAAAUAGGAUGACAGAUAUGAAAUUACACUUGAAUUUCUUUCUAGGACUGGUGCAAGAACGUGCUUGGUAGUUUCUAUAUGAUACUCCGUUCUAGCAGCCCAGCACCGUGGGAACUGUUGUGCAGGGUGGAGUUUCAAGAACUUACAUUUAAAAAGAGUAAAAGAGAAACCUAUUUAGGCAUCAUAAGCUGUCAUGUGGCAAAGGGUAAUAAGGACCUAACCUUAUAACCUUAAAAACACAAUUCCCAAGAGCUUGUAAGAACCCAGUGCCUCCCACUUUGUCUCUCCUUUGAAGUGGAUGGGAACUACUCAAGGAGCAAAGAACCUGUUUUGGAAGAAAGCUCUGGGCCAUUUCAGCCCCGGUAUUCUCAUGAUUUUCUCUCAGGAAAUACACACUAUGAAUGGCAGACUUUGCAUUUAGCCCCAGGUGAUUUAAUAAAAAUUGUUCAAAAUAUUCACCUAAGAAUAGAAUCUCAGCCUUUUAGUUUUAAGUAAAAAUGAAAAUUUUGGAAUGCACAAGAUGUUAAUAUCUUAAAGAAAAUGUACCUUUUAAUAGAGAAAUUUAUAGUUUGACUCCAGAAUGUGGUACUAUCUGUCUUGAUGAGAAAAAAUUUAAAUAGUACCAAACAUUUUGAACCUCAAAUUAUGUAUUUAAAUUGAGUUUUUAACUAACUAUAGCUGCUUCUCUUAAAAGUGGUGCCUAUAAAAGUCAGUAAUGACAAUUCUCAUUCCAUUAAGGAAAUUAAAUCAUGUAAGCUUCCUAAUAUCAUAAACAUAUUAAUAUUCUUCUCUCCAAAGAAUUGCUUAUAUUCUUUAAGUGACAACUUGACUAUUUUUCUGAUAAGCACAUGAGAGUGUCUCACAUUUUCCAAAAGCAGGCUUUUAUUGCAUUGUUGGGUCUAGGAAAGCAUAACGUUAAAAGAUAAUAAGCCACUAUAAUUACUUAAUUGUGUUAGAAACUAUAGAAUAUUUACCUUGGAAAGAAAAUAUUAAAAUAUUAUCAAUUGUUUGAUAUUGAUAGAAUUCAAAAUAAUGCAUGUUUUACAUUAUGACACAAAAAUAAUGCCUUUAUUUUAUAAACAUAAAAAUGUUAUGAUUUUCUAAAUCUUUAAAGAUCAUAAAUCAGUGGGCAAUGGGUAGAGGAAAUUCUGGAGAAAAUGAAAGUAUUCAAAGAAGGAUAGUUUCAAAGUUAUAUAUAUUUUGAAGGACAUAUUUUAUUAACAAAUAUAUUGUAAGAAUUUAUAUUAAAGUCAUCUGGUAACUAUGAGCUUGAUACGUUCAAAAGCAAAUUUUAUGGAAAAGCCGUUCCAAACAGUUACCAUUUCAAAGGUUGAGCUGAGCAAACUAAACCAUCUGAAUUCCUUCCUUGUUUCAUGGGAAGAAGCAGCCCCAUGAGGCUACAUUCAUCAUGUAAGCCUAAGAAUGUCCACUGUGAUAAAAUAUAUUUUUAAAAGGCAUGUGUUUCCUAUACCACCAGGAUUUUUUAAAAAUUGUGAAACCCAAACCGUUUAUCAUGUGCAUUCAAUACCUUCAUAUAUGUGAUGAGGAAGAUAGUUAUGUGUUCCUUCUCCACAGUGGAAAAACCUCUCAAGGCUACCAAACGCCUGUCAAGCAGUGUGAGUCCUCGGAUAAUCAGUAAUGGUGUCUUCCUCACAAGCAUAAGAAAAUAGUAUCUUCAUUUCUUACCAAUGCAAUUUUCAACCUAGUUUUGUUACAUACCUAUAUCUCAAGCAUUUCUAACUUGUAAUUUUUCAGAAAACAAGCCAAAAAUAUUCCUUUGGCCUUUUCAGUCUUCUGACCUGGUGAAUAACAAAUGUAGAAAGAGGAGGGGUCUGAUUUUUAAAUGUUUUUUCACAAUAGUUCUUUGGGUUUUUUUUUAAUGACGUGCCAAUCAGCUUUUCAAAAUGUUUUCUAUUUCUUAGUAUUCCCAGGGAGUUGAUUUAGAUAAAUAAAUGAACUUCCAUCGACAUAUUUAUGUUUCCUUGUUACUGGUGCUCUGGCCUUCAAGAAGAAAACAAGAGCCGCCUGAAGAUAAAUACAGGCUUUUUUCAAGCCUCUCUUUAAAUACUGUUACAGCAAUUUGAAGUUAAUAUGGUAGGAAAGGGAGGUGACUUUUUUUGGAAAAGUCUGUUUUAAAAUUCACACUGUCCUGAGAGAGGCUUUCUUGUUUUAUUCCAGUAUAUUCCACAAGGUGGCACUUUCCGGGGGGAAAAAAUCUGAGCAAGACUAAAAAGGUACUUAAAUACAUCACUUUAACUUUAUUUUUCUGCAUAUAUUUAACUCUUGCCUAGCACUUGUUUUUCAGAAUGAUUAAUGGUCUUCAUAAUCUUCUGUAACAGACAUUUUAGUUGUCAGCUAGAUUCUGAACUAUUGUCUGCAAGUAAAUUGUUCUUGAGGAUGGAUAAUACACCCAUUUUGAUGAUUUAAGUGUGUAAAGAAAGCCUAGUCAUUCAUCUGUUCAAGAAACAUUUUUUUGAGGUACCUAAUUACCUCACUUUUCUAGGUAUGGAAGUUACAAAGAUGGACAGGCUUAUUACUAAAAAGGCAACACUCAUCUGUGAACAGGAUAGUUUUGUUAGAAGUAUAGAACUCCAGUGGCCGCAGCCAAAAUACCCAUGACCCCCUGUCUGCUGCUUUCACAUUCCUUACUAUGGUAGCCUUUAGAUGUUGAUCAAAUUUUUAAAUCCUUAUUUUAAAAAUCAGAUGAACAAAAUAAGUAAUGCAUCAGUAAUUAAGUAGACAAAACUAUUUUUUCUAAAGAAUGGCAAUGCUGAAACAGAGCCCUAAAAUACUAAAAGACUUGUAUAAUCACAAGUGUAAAUUCACAAGAAAUUCUAAUUUUUUUAAAUUUUGUCUAAGCAUAUAAGCAUAAUGACUUGAGUGUAUCUACAUAAGUCUUUCAUUUCUCCACUUUUGAAGUUCCUUGGUAACUUUAUACUCUAUAUAUAUAUCCAUACACUCAUGUUUUAAUUCACAAGUCUGCUCAGAAACCCAUUAUCCCCCAGAUGAUUUCAGUUAAUUUUAAAAGUCACUUUCCUCAAUAGUGUCACUGAAAUUUAGAAGGAAGGAAACUGUAGUAUUUUUCAGAGUUUCCUUAGCACAGCAUAACAGAAGGCAGUUUAUUCCUUCGGAGUGGCGGAAAACUGAUAGCGCCUGCUUAACUUUCCUCCAGAGUAGCCGGCAGGCAAAUCUCAGUAAUCCGUACUGAAUCAAAAUACCGCACACUAGGAGCUGUCAAAAGCUCUUUCAGACAUUGUAGGCUUCAUCCCCCUGCUUAAAAAUCCCACUGAAGUAGAUUUCUAGGUUAAGAUUUCCCUGAGUGGAAGGCCGACUUCAAACCUCCAGUUUGUUAUCAGUGGGCCAGUCUGAACUACUUGUCCGUGUUCAGAACUUUGCUCCCACCUGAAAACUUUCUGGGUCGCUGCACCGUGGCCCCGCCCCUUUGGUAGUAGAGUGGCAGUGGGCGGAGCUGGCUGGGACCCGCCCACUACUCGCCUGUUAGUACCUGAAAUGAUGUUCAGACCCGGCGGGAUACUGUCCGAGGUCCAUGUGCCCUGCUGCUGUCUCAGAGGCAUCUGUUCUGCAAUCUUAGGAAGUGAAAUGUCCUUAGAAGCAAACGGGUGUCUUCUGUGCAUAAAUAAGUACAACACAAUUCUCCGAAAAUUCGGGUAUAAAGAGAUGCUGCUGUGUAUGAAGCUGUCUACCAGGCAUCUCUCAAGCUCUAAGCUCAGCUUUUUUUUUUUUUUUCUUAAGAAAAGAUGUAUAAUUACAGGAAAGAUGUUUUUAUUUUUUUAUUUUCUAUCAUUCUACGUAUAUGAUGGCAAAAGAUAUGCCUGGAAAGUUUUGUUUUGAAAAUUUGUUUAUUUUCUGCUUCAUCCUCAGUUGGCAAAAGCUCCUAAUUCUUUAGUUUCUAGUUUCUUCCUUCUCUUUUUUCUUUUUCAAGUAAUUAAAGGUAUGUAAGCAAAUUAUCUCAUGUAGUGCAGGAUUUUGCUGUCUAGAGGAAUCUUGUGUGUGAACUGUUUCGUCAAGCAGAUAAUCAACCCCUUCUCUAUUUUAGUAGUUUGGAUUGUCAAAUGUAGAUUUUCUUAAAGAGGGCACAUAACUGUACAUGUUGCUACCAAGAACUAUGAUUGUAGCACUAAUCAGCAAGCAUAGAGCCAGUUACUCUGGCUUACAGUUACUUAAUUUCUAACUCUCUGUGGUUUCUAGCCAAAUUCCAUUGAUGUGCUUAGGUUACAGUCCUGAAGACACCUUUGUACCCUUACUUGAAAGUUUCUAAUCUUAAGUUUUAUGAAAUGCAAUAAUAUGUAUUAGCUAGCAAUAUUUCUGUGAUCACCAGCAACUUUGAAUUUGACCUUGAAGUCUCGGAAUAAUGAAAAUAGAUCCCAGCAGUAAUACAUUUCUUGAACUCCCCAAAUGUGUUGUGUAUCUUCUCAUUUUGGUCCUGUGUUUGCAACAAUGUACACGUGAAUAUCAUAGUUCCUCACUUUGUAUUCAUUUAUUUUCCUAUGACUAGUAAUAAAUAUAUUAGUUAGUACAUGGAAUGAAUAGCAUCAGCUACCCUUAGGAUCAGCGCUUAACAAGGUGGGGAAUGUCUAUUUCAAGUUGUUCUACAUUUGCAUAAAUUAUUUCUAUUAUUAUUCAUGUAUAUUAUUUAUUUCUGAAUCACACUAGUCCUGUGAAAGUGCAACUGAAGGCAGACCGUGUUAGGACUUGCAUUUAAUGUUCAUUAUCAUGAUCUUGAUGGAGCUAAGAAAGUUAAAAUCAGACUAAGCCCCCAAAUAAGCUGCAUGCAUUUUAUCAUGAUUAGUAAAAUUUAAGUCUGUAGAUGUAGUGUUUUUGUGUUUAGAUGUUUUAUCAUUAUGUAAAGGAAUUAAAGCAAAGUACUUUGUAGUUCUUUUGUCAAAUAUACAUAUAGUAUAGUGUUAAAAUAGAGCAAAAACAAAAACUACAGGUAGAAAAGCAUCAGAUACUGCGUUAAUUUAGGAACUCUACCAGAUGGCCAUUCAAGUAGAUGCCAGGCAGAGACAGGUGCCUGGGCGGGGCCUCUUGUCUGGCCUUGAGAAGAAGCUUCCCUCCAGUGAUUUAGUGCCCUCGUAGGUGUUGUGUGCAGUGGCGGGAACAGGUAGUACUGUCGACAGGAGAACAGUGUGAGAGUUUCCUAUAGAAGCAGAACUGUCAGCUUGUGCCUUGAGGCUUCCAGAAUGUGCCAGAUGGAGAAGUCCAAGUUUCCGUGCUUCAGGCAACUUCGUUUUGUACAGAAGCAAUCCAGUCUGGUAAUAAAAACAAGGAUUGCAUGUACAAUAGUCAACAAUGGGAUUUUAACAACUAACAGUCCCCAACACCCCAAAAGCUUGUUGCAUUUCUGGUGUUUUAGGUUUUGAUCUGAAGGUUAAACGGCAAGUGUUUGGUAUAGAAGAGCAGUAUGUGUUAAGAAAAGCACAAUAUUGGUUCCCAUAGCAGAUUAGACUAGAGGGUUUUAUAGGAUUGUCGUUUCUGAGAUGUGUAAAAGCACGUUUUCACUGUAAAAUGUAUGUGUGUUUCUGCAUUCCCAUAGGGCCUAGUUAAAACUUUCUUCUAGGUUUCAGCAAGGCUGUCACACCCAGUGAGCUUUUUAAUUUUUUUUUUUUUUUGACAUAGAAAAUAUUUUAAAGGUAGGAAAAACUCUUAAUCUGAACAUUUGACUUGUUGGUUUCUGUGUUUGAAAUCACGGUUCUGGAGGCGUAGAGAUUGUACACGUGCAUGUCAGAUACUAAUCGAGGCUGUGAGAACCAGCCCAAGAUAACCAGUACUCCCCUAUCUCCUGCGUCCCUUCCUCCCUCCCUCUGAAGUGCUCCCUGCCCCUGUCCUGGUCUGUCCAUGUGGUGCUCUCCAUCCUCCUCUGCUGCCUUUUGGGCAUCAGGGACAUGAUGAGAGAUGCUUUAGGCAUCACAGGUGUGCCUACUUAGGCUUGGCCACUACCCCUACUUGACCUUCGGCUGGCCACAGUCGUCAAGAGAAGGUUCCUGGUGCUGGGCACAGAAUGCACUCACGACACCAAUCACUAAGGCCUUCUAGCAUCUUCGUAUAUAUUUUGAUUUUUAAACCAAGUCUUUCUACAGAGCAUUCAGUUUUGGCUGUGGUACAAAGAGAAAAACGAACCAAGAAUAUAAACCACAUUCCAGGCUGCUGUUUUCUAUCCAUCUACAGGCUAUACUUUUACUGUAUUUCUUCAUACUUGAAACUCAUUCUGCUAUGUUAAUAUCAGGGUACAGAUUUAUAAGGGUGCAUGUUCCUUAAAGGUGCAAAGUUACUCUCAUUCCGUUUGCUCAUAUUGCUACAGACUGCUCUGUUUUGGUGCUUUGAGUUCAGCAGGUCAAAGAAGCAGUGUGGAAAUUCACUGCCUGGAACACAGUCUUACAGGAAUGUUGCCAGAUGGCUUGGUGUUAGAUAUUGCUUCUGCUCUUUUCUCUAUACACAAGAUUGAGAGUUACCACACUGGCCUAUCAGGUUCACCUGGGUGUCCUUCUCACAGGGUACAUAAACCCUGUGCUCUCCCCAAGUGUGAGUGCAGUGCAGCUCUCUGAAAGCAGAGACCUUCCUACAUAUCCAGAUCCUUUAGCCCUCAAAGAAAAAUGGCCUCGGGUGUAGACAGGAGCAGAACAGGAAGGACCGUCUCACUUUAGCGACCAUCCCUCCGUUCCAUACAGAAAACCCUCCUGAGGCAAAAAAAAGAAAAAAGAAAAGAAAAAAAUAAGGCUUAUCUGUAAAGUUACCCUCUUCAUAGUGCCCUGAGCUGAAUGAUCUUGCUUCCUUCCCUUUAGGUAGAUGAAAAUACAGGUCAGUUUAUGUAGACUCUUCCCACCUGAAGAAGAAAAUAGAAAAGUAGGGUUUUUUCAUGUAAAGUAUGUAAUCUGAUGACCAGCAAAACUUACAUUAAAUACCCCAUCACUGGCAAUCUGUUUUAAAAAGUAGCUCAAGUAAGGGAUGCUUUAUGACCCAGGAUUUCUGAGGUCAGAGGUCGCCAUUCUGGCAUGUGCCUUACUGAAGACUUUUUUAGAGAAAGAGAACUGCCAGUGAUGACUGUUGCAAUGGCAAAGGUAGCAUGUCAAAAUUCAGAGGGUUACGGAUCAAUAAUCCUUUGGAAACUGGAUGUCUUACUGGGUGCUAGAAUGCAAAUUUAGGUAUUUAUUGUCAGAUAAUGGAAUUCAUUGUUUUUUAAGAAUUGGUGUUGAAAUGUCACUGUCCAGUUCAUUGUUUUCACUUAUGCACAAGCUAAUUUGAAGCAAAAAGAGAAAAUGGUUUGUAUAUUUGUCAUACCUUUUGUAUUUCUUACAAUAAAAAUAUUGGUAGCAAAUAAAAAUAAUAAAAACAGCAAUUUUAAACUGC